GGGCGCUGUAAGGUGAGCCUGGCUGCUUUGUUAUUUUCCCCUCACAGCAGCCAGUUCCUUUCUGGGUGCUAGGGAUGAAGUAACCUUCAGCCUGCAGGUUGUUUGCAGGUGCAGUGGUCGUCUGAAGCUGCAGCACAUGUCUUACAAUGGACCAAGAAACUAAAGAUACUGCUCAGCCUCCAGCGAGUCAAAAAGACACUGAAAGGAUCGACCCCUAUGGAUUUGAAAGGCCUCAGGAUUUUGAUUCCUAUAAAGAGAUGAUGAAUGAGUACGUGGCGGUCCUCAACAGAAGGUCAAUGAGGUGGUCCAAGCUGCUGCAAGACAAACCUAACGUGGAGAAGAACCUAACGGUGAAAAGGUAUGUGCGUAAAGGUGUACCUAAAGAGCACCGAGCCAGGAUCUGGAUGGCAGCUAGUGGGGCUCAGGAGCUAAUGGAGAGUAAGCCGGGUUAUUACCAGUCUUUGUUAGCGAUGGAGCAUGAUGCCAAGCUGAAGGAGACCAUUCAUACAGACAUGCACCGAACCUUUCCUGACAACAUCCUCUUCAAGACCCAUGCAGAGGAGUGUCUGCAGAAGGAUCUGUUCAAUGUGCUGCUGGCUUAUGGACACCACAACCAGGCUGUGGGCUACUGCCAGGGGAUGAACUUUAUCGCCGGCUACCUCCUCAUCAUCACCAAGGAUGAAGAGAAAUCCUUUUGGUUAAUGGAUGCGUUGCUGGGCAGAAUAUUGCCAGACUACUAUAGCCCGGCCAUGUUGGGACUAAAGACGGAUCAGGAGGUCCUUGGGGAGCUGGUGAAGACCAAAGCCCCUGCAGUGGGACAGCUCAUGGCCCAGUAUCCUGGCAUAUGGACACUGGUGGUGUCACGCUGGUUCAUCUGCCUUUACAUCGACAUCCUUCCAAUAGAGACUGUUCUGAGGAUCUGGGAUUGCCUUUUCUACGAGGGCUCCAAGGUUCUUUUCCGAGUUGCCCUGACUCUCAUCCUCCACCAGCAGACGGAGAUCCUGAGGGCGCGCUCACUGCCCGACGUCUGCGAGUGCUUCAAGCAGAUGACAAGUGGAUCCUUCACUCUUGACUGCCACACCUUUAUGCAGAAAAUAUUCACAGAACCCGGUCGAUUGUCGAUGGCAACUAUUGAUAAACUGAGAGAGAAAUACAGAAAACAAAUCCAGGAGGAGGAAUCCAGACAAUGAAACUUAAUAUCUUUACUAUUUUAGAUAAUAAAACAAUGUGGGCUUCUCUGGGUGAGCAUAGCACCUGCAGAAUGAAAGCCUCCAGCUGCUAAAUAGCUUUGUAUAGAUGUUGGUCUAUUUCUGAUGCUUUAUGACACAUGUUGAUUAUUCUGUAAUUCAGUAGAUUUGGUAAAAACUUUAAACCUUUUUGUCUGGAAAAACUUUCUGCUUUUCACAUAAUGAGAUUAUAUAUUUAUUCAAUAAGUAUUAGAACCCCUGAUGUUACUUUAGUUCUUGUAUCAAUGCCCCAUUGACAGAAUAGUUAAUUUGCUACCAUAUAGAC